UUCCAAAAACGAUCGCAACUGGACCUUAGCUACUCGUGUGGGCCCUCAGCCGGUCCCCAACCCCCGUUGGCCCCCCGGAAGCCGCCCCAAAGUGUCCAAAACCUCGUGAAAAAUCCCGGAAACUGAUUCCGUCAUCAGUGAUGUGUUAAACCCCCGUAAAUCGUUAUCUCCCCUAACCUUUUCGCCUCGAUAAUCGGUCGCGCCGAGGCUGAAGUCAAGGUACUAUAGGUUACCUGUGAUCACAAAAUAUCCUCUGACCACCCCUGAGUGUCCCUGUCACCCCUAGAGUCCGAAAAAGCCGUCGAGACAGUUCAGAAAGCCCAAAGAAUCGGGUGAAAAGACCGGAAAAAAAGGAGUAAAAAUCCUCUGAAAAAUUAAUUAAUCACCUGAAGAUGGAAUCAGUGGUUUUGAGGGUCUCGUAGCAAUUGGUACGUGUCCACGAGGUUCUGAAUGGGCAUCAACGGGAACCCUCCCCGGUGCCGCCCAAUGGGGAAUGCUGAACACUCCGAUAAAUCUUGAUUCAUUGAUGACUCGUUGAUCAUCAGGUGACUCUUACGGCAAUAGUGUCAUUGUGUGGUGACUUGUUGGAUUUCUCGACUUUUUGUGGCUGAUAAAGUGGUGAUUAUUGGGGGGGAGAAUGGCCUCGAAUAUGGGGAUACAAAUUGGCAAUGCCUGGUUCCAAAGGAAGAUCAACCUCAGGCCGCAGCAUCGGGGCGUUCACCUUGUCACUGAGGAAAUACUCAGGCAGGUGCCCGAAUUGCUGCAGUUCUCGGUUGGAUUGUGUCACAUACAGAUUCUCCACACGUCAGCGAGCCUGGCGUUGAACGAGAGCUGGGAUCCUGAUGUCAGGGACGACAUGGAGAUGAUGCUGAAUAAGAUCAUCCCUGAGGACAUGCCGUACAGACACAGCUGCGAAGGCCCUGAUGACAUGCCUGCCCACGUGAAGGCCUGUUUUCUCGGUUCAUCCCUGAGCAUUCCAAUAACCGAUGGUAAACUAGCACUGGGUACGUGGCAGGGUGUUUGGCUGUGCGAGCAUCGAAAUAAUGCUGGUAGUCGUAAGUUGGUUGUAACAUUAACUGGUUGUCUGAGGGACUCGGGACGUAGCCCAUUGAGCCCUGUAAGUCCUAUCGCAUCAACUAGCAGCUAGGACCACUCUCACCCCCAACGGCGUGGCAAACGUCAGCUGCGCAUAUCGACAUCAAGUGAGUCGAGCUAGCAGCGCGCCUACAUUUGGUAGAAAUCUAAUCUUAUUAAUUUAAAUGACGAAGAAAUAACGUCUCUUGAGGGUCUGCGGGUGUGGGAGGAUCAAUUAUCUUCCUGGGGUGAUCGCUCUAGCUUUUGGAGACCAUCUGACAAUUUUAUUGGUCCAUUUUUAGGGUUUCAUUCACCUUUUAGGGGUCAUGAUUGGGGCUUGAUGGGCCUGGGGCUCAUUUAAUGUUUUGGGUUAAUUGGGAAGAUAAUUGAUUCCACAUUCUAUCGGAGUGAUUUAAAAGGAGUCAUUGAUAUUUGCAUUCUGGCAUUAUGCGUCCAAUACACCGAAUUUAAACUACCAUAGUUUAUUUGAGGGAUAAAUACCUUUUUUAUGUGGUACACUGGUGAUGUUUAGGGAGGUACUGGUGAGAAUGCUCCUGUGGAAUUUUUGUGAUUGAUAAGUGAAUUUUUUCGAUUCGGAAAAAUUGGUUUUGUUUAAUGGCGAGUUGUCUUGGUGAUGAGUGAUUUAGGGGAGAAUUGUCAAAAACAUUUUUUGUAGCUUAUGAAAUUUCCCACAAAAAAUGUCUUCUGAGUUUUCUUCCUAAAUCCCAUCAUUACUGAGAUAAUUAUCCAAUUAAUAGAAAUUGUAAAAAAAUGAAAAUGUGUACACUAUUUUUUUAAUAAUUCAGACACUUGUGGGUUUAGAACUAAAUCUUAUGAGAGUUUUUUGUAGCUUAUGAAAUUCCCCACAAAAAUCUCUUAUGAGAUUUUUUUCUACACCCACUCAUAAGCGAGAUAAUUGCACAAUUACAAAGAGAUGUCAGCAAUUUUUUUAAUGCAGUCGAAAAACUCGUAUCAACCAUUUUGUGAAUAUCUUAAAAGGUAGUAGGUUUAGGGGAAAAUGUGACAAGAGUUUUUUUGUAGCUUACGAACUUCCCCACAAAAAAGUCCAUUGACAUUUUUUCCUAAUCCCACUCAUUACAAAGAUAAUUAAUAAAUAAAUAUAAAAAAAUAAAAAAAUAGACAGUGCAUUAGAAAAAAUAGUGUUCACUAUUUCCGGAAUUCUCUUAAACUAUUCGAUCCCUCAGAAAAUGUCAAAAGACAAUUCCUAUAAAUCCCAAAACUCCCCAGAGCAUCCCCUGGGCCCCACAAUCUCAAAUUCCCCAGGAGCAAGAAGAAAUUUUGCAAUAAAAAAUCUUUAAAAAAUCAUAAAAUCCAUAAAACCAUUUUUGUACCUCGAGUCUGACGAAAACCGUCACCUCGCGUACUAAACUAAAGAUCGCACAGCAUUCUGAAUCGAAUCACUGCUUUGUUAUAGGCUAGUCGUUUUUCAAAAUAACAAAAUAACGAAAAAAAAAUGAAAAACAGAAUUCUAUAAAAUUUCCCAAAAAAAUGAAAUAAAUUACCAAAAAAAAAGUGACGUUUCCAUUCGCAUUACGGGGGUGUACAUAGAACUCUACAAUAAUGAAUAAUUAAAUGAAUAAAUAAAUAAUUGAAGAUUUCUUUGCUGUGCUGAGAGAGAGAAUGAGAUAAACGGAAUAAAUAAUAGCAGAUGAUGUUAAGAAUCACUCGCGUGUCUGUAAAAUAAUGAAAUCUUGAAUGCUUAAUUAAGAGUAAAAAAACUAAUCCACCCCAAGGAUAAAUAAAAUCAUCGGCAUGAAGAAAUUAAUAACAAAAUGAAGAUUAAUAAUUGACGGUUUAAUCAAAGGGAUAGGAUUAAUUAAUUACGAAACCCUGGUAAUUUUCAAUUAAUCUAAGCUUGUCAUGAGCUUUCAAACGUAUCUAAACGUACCAGUUAAGCGAAGCAGUCGGUGUUAGCUAUUUAUCUCCUCUGAAUAGUAUAAAUUAUCGUCCACUAAAAAUUACUGGAAUGACAAGUGGUGGGAAAUUAAUGGAUAAAUUUAAAUAAAUGCUUGAAACAUUAA